GACAGGCUGAGCUCAGCAUCCUUGAGAAACAUGAAGAGCAGCAGCAUCAGCCGUCAUCCCCUGGAGGUGGAAGCCAUCGGAGUCCUACAACACGGCAAGCAGAGCGCGUACAUGUUUUCCAUUUUGUGGUCAGACCAUAACAAGGUCCUCAUUUACAGAAAUUUUGUGGAGUUUAAGAGAUUGCAGAGAGAUCUUAAGAAGAGAUUCCCACUGGAAGCUGGAGCUGUAAACAAGUCAGAGAGAACUCUGCCCAAACUAAAAGAUGUCCCAAGGACAUUAGGAAAGAAGAAAGCAACCAAGCAGCUAUUGGAAAGACUCCAGAUACUGGAGACCUAUUCGCAGUCGGUGCUGAGGUUGGACGCCAAGAUCUCACAAUGCGAUAUCGUUGUUCAGUUCUUCACUCUGAAGAGCCAUGACCUCAAUCCAUCUUUCCCAGAUGACAGCAUUGUCAUCGUGCCUUCUGAGAGAAAAGAAGAGAGAAUCAUUGCCUCACCACUUACCCCCAUUAUCUCCAAGCUUGUGGUCUCAGCCAAUCACCUGUGUGUAGCAGACUAUGAGACAGUGGACCUGAGGAACAGACCGUUCAAGGUGAAGAGACACGAGCGUCUAGAUGUCCUGCUGAAGGAAAGCUCAGGCUGGUGGCUGGUGGAAAAUGAAGAUCGCCAAAUAGCUUGGUUCCCCGCACCUUAUUUUCAGGAAGAGAUAAACUGUGAAGCAGAUGAUAACACCAUGGAAUGCCAAGAAGAAGGUAUGUGUGUGGUGACGAAGGGCUAUGAGGCUCAGAAUUCAGAUGAACUCUCCGUCAUGAUCGGCGUGGUGGUGAAAGUCUUGAAAAAGUCAGACAACGGAUGGUGGCUGGUCAGCUAUAACAGAAGGACAGGCUAUGUCCCAUCUCUUUAUCUGAAGACUUACACAAACCCCUGUGAGAAGAUCCAGAAUAUCAUUAGCAAGGAGCGCCAUAAAUCUACACCCAACCUAUAUGGAGAUUUGUAUUCGUUCCUCCACCAAAAACCAUCAGUGGGUGACCAGAGGCCGAUUGGAACCACCUUAGAGGAGAGAACGAGGAGCCAGUCACUGGACUCUGAGGCCAGAUCUGAUACAGAUUCCGACAUAGACAGCAUGACAGGGAGCAAACGCAAUUCUUCCUAUAGCGAGAGCUCGUCUCUGAACAACUCCAACCCAUCACUAGAAGAGUCAACCUCAUCAUCUGUACUUCCAAAAGUACCUCCUAGACCUAACCCAAGCCAAAUCAUACAGAAGUGCAGCACUGUCACCAAGAAAAGGCUGCAGAUGGCGCUAGCAAGCCUGGAAAAUUCUGGCUCUCCUGGGACCAGACUGUAAUCCGCAUGCUGUAAAAGGGUUUUCCAGUUUUUAGCAAACGUGUCUAACUUCUACAGAAGUCCCUGACCCUUUUGCAAAAUCGCGGCGCACCAAAUUUCAAGGUGCUGCGGCACUAUGCAUUGGCACAUGCUAAGACGCCCAUUUUAGCAGAUGCGUGGGGGUGCCAUUAGGAAUUAAUGGCACCACUGCAUGUCUGCUAAAGGGAAGAAUGUUUCAAUAUUUGUUGGGGAAGUACACGCAUGUUCAGGGGCGGACUGACAACUCAUAGGGCCCCCGGAGAAUAGAAGAUUAUGGGGCCCCCGGGCAUACAGA